AUGUUACGAACAUAUCAAGCAAAGGAUUGGUUUUUCCACCAUGUUGGUUUUAGCGAAAGGAUCGAUAAUAUUUAUAAAUACAUGAAAUUGAAAGAUGAUGGCUAUUUCCAGGAAGUUGAAUCUAAAAUUAACGGUAAAAAAUACGGCUGCGGUCAUUUCAGUAUUAGAGACAUUAAAUCAUUUAACUGUAAACCACGUGGGAAAGGAAGAUUCAACAUUAUUCGAGGUAACAGGACUAAAUCUACGAAACUGGAAUUAGUUGAUGUGAUGAAGAUGCAAAACCUUCGAGAUUUCAAUGGAUCAACAUUCCAAUGUGCAUCGAACUUCAAUUGUCUUGAGUUUGCUUCACAUCUUGAGUCUCCUUCGUCAGGAAUUUCGAGAUAUUCCACUGAUUUUACACAAGGACCGACUCUUUCUGUUUCAUCUUUUGGUGCUUUGCUGUACAGAAAUUAUUUUGUUGACCAUGAAGGUCAUAAAGGCCAACUAUCUCAUGAUAUCAAUUUAUUGUCUAGAACCCCUUUAAAAGUCAUCAAAGGAAAAGUUUUCUUGAACACAAAAGAAGAAAUUUCUAAAUUGAACGAAUUUGAUUUUCGUGACGAAAACAAUUAUCAAAUUGGUGUUCAUGAGAAAGUUCAGAUCACAACAGAUAGAGUUAAAGGUCAUGAAUAUAAAGAUAGUGAACGAAAUCAGUUUGUUAACCAACUCUUCUGUUCUUCGUAUUCAUUUGGAGAUUAUUGUGACAUUAAUAACAAAAAUGUCAUAUCAUCAUUAGAAAAUUUGCUUAAAACAGAGUAUAAACUAAGUAUAUUGAGCGGCAUUGAGAACUCUAUAAAAUAUCGUAUGCUGCAAGGAAGUGAUAAACUUGUUCUAACAUGUCUUGGUGUUGGAUAUUUCAACAAUCCACCAGAAUUGAUUUGUCGAUCAAUCAAAGCAAAUCGAGAACUUAUUCACGAAAGUGGUCUUGAUGUUUAUCUUGUUUGCUUCAGUGAUGAUGACCAAAGAGGAUUCAAAUCUGUUUAUCCUCAUCUCGUAGAUUUAGUUUCUGAAACAAAAGGUGAAAUUAUAUCUGCAUUCUAG